GUAAACGAAAGCUGUUGCAUCGUGUAUUGCGAUAUAAAAUUAAGAGAGAAAGAGCGAUAUACAUGCGCCCGUGAUACAGGCGUCUAAUUGUAAAACGACAGUUAUUCGUGCUUGACUAGUAUUACUGGUCAUGGUUCGAAGUAGCGACAAGGAUAGACAUCACAGACGUCGGUCGAGGUCGAGAUCGAGAUCUCGGUCAGCCACACCGGAGAAAAAACGGCGGCGAUCUAGGAGCAGAGACAGGGACAGGGAUAGGGACAAGGGGCGACAUAGAGAAAGAAGAAGUCGUUCUAGAGAGAGAGACAGAGACAGGAGUGACAGAAGAGACCGGUCUGAAAGAGACAGAGAUCGUGACAGGAAAUGUGGAGACAGUAAAGAAAAGCGUCUUACAGGCUCAAAGUCUUCACGUUCAGGCAAAGAUCGUUCGAAUAGAUCAAGAUCAAGAGAGCGCAAAGAGAAGGAAAAGGGUGACAGCGAUGAAUUGCCAUUUGAUCAUACUAAAUUGGACAAGGAGGAGGAACAGAAAAGAUUAGAACUGGAAAUGCAAAAGAGAAGAGAAAGAAUAGAAAGGUGGCGGGCGGAAAGAAAAAAGAAAGAGCUGGAGGCAACCAAGAAAGAUGGUAAGGCAUCCAUUUUAGCAAACCUUCAGCUACCUAUGAAAAAAUGGUCCCUCGAAGAUGACAGUGACGAAGAGACUCCUGUUGUUCACAAUUGCAACAAGGAAGUCAAAGAAGAAGGGGAUAAUAAAGAAGAAGUUGAGGAAAUUAAGGAAGAAGCUAAGGAUGAGGAAGAGGAAGUUGAUCCUUUGGAUGCUUUCAUGGCAGAGGUUCAAGAAGAAGUUCGAAAGGUGAAUAAACUCGACAAUAAAGGUUCAAAGAAUGCAAAUAAUGGUACAAGUACAGGAUGUACUCAGAGUGGAGGCGUUGUUAUAGUAACAGGUGUAGCCAAAAAGAAAGUACAGAAACAGAAAGGAGAAUUAAUAGAACAGAAUCAAGAUGGUCUAGAAUAUUCUAGUGAAGAGGAAGGAGAAAAUUUGCACGAAACUGCUGCCGGUAUCGCAAACAAACAAAAACGGGAGCUAGCCAAAGUAGAUCAUGCGACGACCGAGUAUCAACCAUUUAGAAAAUCAUUUUACGUUGAAGUACCUGAAAUUGCGAGAAUGACAUCGGAAGAAGUGGAUGCAUAUAAAGAAGAACUGGAAGGUAUCCGCGUGAAAGGAAAGGGUUGCCCCAAACCAAUCAAAUCAUGGGCUCAAUGUGGCGUGACGAAGAAAGAAUUAGAAGUGUUGAAGAAACUAGGUUAUGAGAAGCCGACACCUAUUCAAUGUCAAGCCAUUCCGGCGAUCAUGUCUGGUCGCGAUUUAAUAGGCAUAGCAAAGACCGGAAGUGGAAAAACGUUAGCCUUUUUACUACCAAUGUUUAGACAUAUACUUGAUCAGCCUCCACUAGCAGAUGGUGACGGUCCAAUUGCGUUAAUUAUGACGCCCACUAGAGAAUUAUGUAUGCAGAUUGGCAGAGACUCGAAGAAGUUCACGAAGUCUCUAGGUUUGUCACAUGUCUGCGUCUAUGGUGGAACCGGUAUAUCCGAACAAAUAGCAGAAUUGAAGAGAGGUGCUGAAAUAAUUGUUUGCACACCUGGCAGAAUGAUCGAUAUGCUUGCAGCGAACAGUGGCAGGGUGACGAAUUUACGUAGAGUGACCUACGUAGUGCUCGACGAGGCGGAUAGAAUGUUCGACAUGGGUUUCGAGCCUCAGGUGAUGAGGAUCAUGGAGAACGUUCGACCGGAUCGACAAACUGUACUUUUCAGCGCGACAUUCCCUAGACAAAUGGAAGCUCUGGCUAGAAGAAUUUUGACUAGACCCGUGGAAGUUCAGGUUGGAGGACGAUCGAUUGUUUGCAAGGAUGUCGAGCAGCACGUGAUAGUCCUUGAAGAGGAUCAGAAGUUCUACAAGCUAUUAGAGAUACUUGGACAUUAUCAAGACAAAGGUUCCAUCAUAAUAUUCGUCGAUAAGCAGGAGAACGCUGACACUCUACUGAAGGAUCUUAUGAAAGCUUCCUACUCUUGUAUGUCCCUGCAUGGCGGAAUUGAUCAAUGUGACAGGGAUUCGACUAUAUUGGAUUUCAAAGCUGGUAGAACGAAACUGUUGGUUGCCACUUCUGUCGCCGCAAGAGGUCUAGACGUGAAGCAUCUAGUGCUCGUGGUAAACUACGAUUGUCCGAAUCAUUACGAGGAUUACGUGCACAGGUGUGGGAGAACGGGAAGAGCUGGAAAUAAAGGAUACGCAUACACGUUCAUCACAUCGGAACAGGAACGCUAUGCCGGCGAUAUUCUUCGUGCACACGAAUUGGCCAGUGUUGUUGUUCCAGAACCAUUGCGUCAGCUUUGGGAAGGUUACAAAGCCAGACAAGCCGCGGAUGGUAAGAAGGUUCACACAGGAGGUGGUUUCAGCGGUAAAGGAUUCAAAUUCGACGAAUCGGAGGCGGCAUUGGCGAACGAGAAGAAGAAGUUCCAGAAAGCAGCGUUGGGACUGCAGGAUUCCGACGAUGAGGAUAUAGAAAACGACAUAGAUCAACAGAUAGAGAGCAUGUUAGCACCAAAGAGAACCGUACGGGAGAUAGCCAGGCCGUCCGCUACUAAUAUCGCUGUUCCUGGCCAACCUGUACCCAGCGCUACCGAUAAAUUAGAACUGGCCCGACGAUUGGCGUCCAAGAUCAACAUAGCCAAGAACUUGGGCGCUGAGGCGAAGGGCGCGACUCAACAGGCCGCCGAAGCUAUCCUCAAGGGAGCUGGACCUACCAAUCUCAUUACAGCGAAAACGGUCGCCGAACAGCUGGCUGCGAAGUUGAACACCAAGUUGAACUACCAGCCGCGGGAGGAAGACCUUGUGGAGAGCGAUGCUGAGGCCGGUGAACAGACCUUCCGCAAAUACGAGGAAGAAUUAGAGAUCAACGACUUCCCGCAGCAGGCCAGAUGGCGAGUCACCAGCAAAGAAGCAUUGGCGCAGAUCUCGGAGUACUCCGAGGCUGGUCUUACCGUUAGAGGAACUUACAUAGCACCUGGCAAGGCUCCGCCAGAAGGGGAAAGGAAGUUAUACCUCGCAAUCGAGUCCACCAGCGAACUAGCGGUCAGCAAGGCCAAGGCUGAGGUCUCGCGACUGAUCAAGGAAGAGCUGAUCAAGUUACAAGCAUCGGGCGCGCACACUGCAUCCCGCGGUCGAUACAAAGUGUUGUAAAAGAACUUACAUUUCCGUUGUACAUGGUAUCUUACGCACUACAGUACUCUGAUUUUCACUGAACUGCGUACGAGUAAAAUUAGAGAUUUAUUAUUAAACUUACAAAUGACUAUACAAAACACUUUCUAUUUAACGGUACAAUAACGAAGUAUACUUAACGCUUACGGAAGUAUCGAUCCUGCCAAUAAUCUUUCUACGAGCGAUCCGAAAUUUUCCCGCGAACUAACCCUGUCUGCGACGAUUCGGGUUAUCGGGAUCGAUAAAGGUUAUUCCGCUCUGUGUUCAGCACCGUGAAAUUUCAAACAAAGCCGCCGGGAGUAUUUUCGAUCGACUAUCUGCGAAGAAUACAGCGGGAGACACGGCGGACACGUUGUUUGGUAACCAUAAGUUAGGAGGGACUUUAUUUACAAACCCAGCGUGACCACUCGAAAGUAGACGAGCGAUCAUCCUUUUUUUUUUUGUACACGUUCCACCUGCUCCCAUUUCUUUGGCAAUAUGAAAACAUCGACGAAAAUACAAUAUUAUAUUCUUUCCAUGUAUAUUACGUAGGCACUAGAAGAAUCACAGUCAUGAAAUCGGCGUC